AUGAGUGUGUCACUCUUGGCUAGGCAAGACAUGCAGCACUUUGGUAUCAAAGUGAGCAUCAUUGAACCUGGUUUCUUCAAGACCAACGUGACACGACUGGAUCUCAUAGAAGCUGACCUCAAAAGGGUCUGGACUCGCCUCCCUCAAGAAACAAAAAGCUCCUAUGGAGAGACAUACCUUGAUGAUUACGUGAAGGCGCAGGCCUUCUCCAUGGGCAUCCUGUGCAGUUCACGCAUCUCCUUGGUGACAAGCUGCAUGGAGCACGCCUUGACUGCCCGAUUCCCCCGCACGCGCUACACCGCCGGCUGGGACGCCAAACUUUUCUGGAUCCCGUUGUCCUACCUGCCUUCCGUCGUGUCCGACUUUGUUAUCAGCAUGCUUCUACCUUCACCUGCAGCGGCGAGGAGGUGAUGAAGAGGAACUUGGGGAUGGUCACCCAAUUCAAACGUUUAUUCAGUCACGUCUCAGCAGCAGCAAUUUUAACUGGACAGGCUUUUUGUCAAUGAUCAGAGAAAGCAAGUUUUAUUUGUGAUUGUUUGAGUUGUGAAAUGCCUUCACGUUGGGUAGAAAAUAACUCAUCUGCAUUCUUAGGGCAUGCGUGGCUCGAGGAGAUAAUCAUCAACAUAAAUUAACAUCCAUGCACAAGCAUGUUCAAGUA